AUGAAGUUCAAGGCCACUGUGCGUGACCAGCGCACCCUUGCCAGUGUGUGCCAGGCGUGCCGCGGCAUUCAGCGUCGGUGCGUGAUCAAACUGCACCCCACACGCAUUCGCUUCUUCACGAGCACGCAGUUUGCAGACGGCAUGCAGGUAUGGGCCGGAUGCCGCACGCAGGCCAUCCUCAGCGACUUCCAGUCCCAGUCGCAGCUGCAAGAAAACGCCAUCUUCUGCGAGGUGGCGGACAUUUCACAACUUUUUUACAUCAUGCGCCAGGCAGAGCGCUGCCCAAACGUCACCAUCAAACUGACGAAGAAUGCGGCGAGAAGGCCGGCGCUGCGUGUCUUGAUGCAGGGCGUCCGCCCACUUCUUGACAUCAGCCACGACGUGCCAGUGCGGGUGCUGAGCGAGCUGGAAGUGCGGCAUAUCAGCGCCCCUCUCCUCGAGAGCGAGAUGGUGCAAAUUGUUUUGCCGUGCCUCGCGGAGCUGUCAAAGUUUGUGGACAAGGUCCGCUCCACCUCGUGCGAUCGCAUGACGUUCACAGUGAGGGACAACGAGCGGGCGGAUGGCGCUGCUGCCACCAGCUGCACUCUGGUGGUUCUGGCCGAAUGUUUCCUUGCCAGCUUUGCUCUGAAGUACAGCUCCGUGCAAAAGUGCGAGCGCGAGGGUGACAAUGACGCCGAUUUUGAUGGGGAAGGCGAUAGUAAUGGCGGGGAUAAUCUGAAGCACCGCGACGAUACGUCGACGGCCUACGCUUCAGUGUCGGUGGAGGUGAGACGGUUUGCGCGGUUUCUUGCAAUCAAAGAGGCGACACCCCUCCAGGUUGUGCUGCAUCUUGUGGAUGGGAAGGCCGUUGUGCUAAGCGUUUUUGCCUCAGGUGGCACAACGCUCGUUGGCUACAUGCCUGCCGUGGCGCAAUAA